CGUUUCGAGACGCCGACGCAGGGAGACGGCGGAAAGGGUCGCCGUCGUCGUCACUGCGGCGCAGCUGCUCCCUCGCCUUAGGAGGAGGAGGAGAACGAUGGCCUUCGCCCGGAGUCCCCUCUGGAGUCUUUGCGUCCUUCUGGGUUUCCUGGUGCCGCCCGGCGGUUCCUCUGAACACUGUGAGGCUUACACAGAUUCUGAUGGAUUUUGGCAUCCACAGCAGACUUGCUCAGAAUAUUGUUGUGGAACCUGCACUCAUCGUUAUUGUUGCUCAGACCGCUUUAAAAAAAAUGAUCAGUUUAUUUGUUCCAUGAAAAGCACAUUUCCAUCUUUCAAGCCUGAACCAUUCAAGAUGGACCCAGAUUUUGAAGAUCUAUAUUCAUCUGAUUUCAGUGGGACAUUUAUAGCAAUUGGCAUUUCAAUAUUCGUCGUGUUUGUAGUAGCCAUCAUUCUCUGCUUCACCUGCUCAUGUUGCUGCCUGUAUAAAGCCUGCCGAAGGAGACCGCAGCCUAUUGUCACCACAUCCACAACUGUGAUGCAGGUGCCUUACCCUCAACAGCCUGGGGUUCCAGUUGCUUAUGCCGCAGGAGCAUACCAAGGAUACAAUCCAUUGCCGGUACAGCCCCAACCUGGAAUGCCAGCAGCACCCUACCCAACCCAGUACCCUCCGCCCUAUCCUACACAGCCUAUAAGGCCACCACCAUACCAGGAAACUGUGGCAGCUGGUGCCUCAGCUCCUUCAGCUCAACCUCCUUAUAAUCCAGCAUAUAUGGAUCCUCCAAAGGCUUCCUAUUAAAUGGACUUUUGCUGUGUGUCUCUGUGGAAGCCUCUUCAAAUUGCCUUUUUCACAAGGAGUUAUUUCUGAAGAUAUUAUUCCAACAUAUCUGUUUGGAGGGAUGGGUCACAGUUUAGACAAUUUUAUUUACAGUGCAUUGAGACGUGCAAGAAAUUCAAGCAAUUAAAAUAUGAUUUUUUUGUAAAAAAAAAAAAAAGAAAAUAGUGGUGAAUCUAAGAAAGAACCUAAAAAGUAAACAUCAAAAAUAUAAUUGGAUUAACUAGGAACAAUCAUUUGUGGAAUUAUUUUGUCAUUAUUUCAUCAAAAUCAAUUUAGAAUCGGCUAAUCUCUACUCCAGGGAAGAGUAACAUCUGCUGUGAAACAAUGUUUUAUAAAUAAUAGGGAAAUAGCUCUUUAGCAAGAAAUGGGGCAUGUUGUUCAAUAAUUCCCUUGUUUUUAUCCAUUAUGCAGCACUUGCACAGCCAUUCAGUAUCACAGUGCAAAUAUUUGAAUUUCAUUGGAAUUUUAUCACUAUACCAAAAAAAUCUUUUGAAUUCUCUGUUGCAUGGAGAUUGUUGAAUGGGAUCAUUUAUCAGCUUUCUGUGUUCUGCAACAAAAUAUUACAGCACGUUGUGUUCUUAUGAAAGAAGACCCGGACUCGGACCAAACAAAGAUAAAUAAUGUAGUGACCUCUUCUGCUUUUUUUAUCUGUAGUUCCCAGAAUCCCUUGCCCUUAGCAUCCAGAGGCUGCUGGGAAUUUAAAUCCAGCCGGAGGGAUGUUAAAUUACAUAGCCCUGCUCUAUGCUAUUUAAAUGGGACAUUUCAUUCCUCCCCACAUUAACCAUUUUUCUUAUCUAACUGACAAUCUAUUUCCUAUAGGCAUAUAUAUAGUUUUGAUUUAGGCUGUAUUUGUUUUGAUUAGAGUCUCAUUAGCCUGAGCAUAUUAUUAGAAGGAGGAAAUAUCACAGUAAUAUUUCAUUUUAAAUGGAUGUUUUGCUGCCAUUUCAGAACAAUCCAUUUCUCAGUUGAAAGUAAUUUUUCAACUACUUAAGGAGAGAAAAAGAGAGAUGAAUUUCUGUCUUGAAACAAACAUUAUCUGUAUUGAAUUUGGCAUCCUAGACACUUGUAUGAAAGUGGAAACAUUUCAAAACUCUUUACAUAGUAAUAUGGAACUAAUUUGAUAAGGAAGAAAGCCUAACCCUGGGCUAACACCCCAGGAAAAAAGAGAUGGCUCCCAAUCUCUGCAUAGUUAAAGCAAUCCAAAGGAAAACAACUUUGCUCCAAAUAAAGUGAUACAGAACCCAAAAUAAAUCAGUGCAGCUUAUAAAACCAGACUAUGAGAUUAGUUAAGUUCUGAGAACUGUAGUCCCUGUUCAGAAAUACCAGCCAAGAGAUACAUGGUUUGGGAGCUUUUUUUUCUACUGCUAAUAGUUUUCCGUAGUUAUAGGAUUGUAGUCUUGGUGUUUGAAGAAUAUUUGUCACCUUUGUGUCUUCUAAAGCUCCCAGUUUCAGUUCCAUUUUUCUAUUUAAGAUACUUGCAGAAUAAUUAAGACUGAAUUCUGUAGAGCUUUCAUUUAAUAUGAAGGGGGACUUUACAGUAAACUUACACAGGAACGUUUCUCUUCAAAAAAUGUAGUAUCUCCUCUGCAUUAAUAGGUUGUAUCAGUCUUUUCCAUAGCACUAAUCUUGAGAUAUGUUGGUUUACGGCCAUGCUUGCUGGAUAUACUGUAAAUUAUAAUCCAACACAAUAAAGUGCACUCAUCUGAGAAAAGUGGACUACAUUAUGUUACAGAAAAAUGAAAGGAUAUCAGAAAAUCAAAAGUUAUGUAUGUGGAUAAUGGAAUACUUCUUUGUGCAUAGGAAAGAGAAAAUGGCUGAUUUCUGCAGCUUAUGUUCAGCUCCACUAUUGUAGUUCUCAACUUACAACCAUAAUGAAGUCUGCCAUUUAUGAUCGCAAGUCAUGAUGGUUGUAAAGCAGGAUAUCAUAUGAUUUUAUGACUUUUUUUGCAACCAGUUGUAAGACGAGGAUGACCUGUAAGUCUGAAAGAGUUUGCCCCCCUUAUUCCUACCCAUUAGAGAUAUCUUAUUUCAGCAAGCUUCAGGUUUUAUCCCAGCAUGACUCAGUCUAUGGUUUUACUUCCACAUACGGUCUCAGAAAGAAUACCUCUCUCUCUAUCCCUGUGCUGUAUUAUGGAAUCAUAGUAUUAUUUUGCUGACGGCCGUUUGCCUGCUUGCCUCGAGCUGCUUUUGUUUCCUUAUUUAGGCUAUAUAUGCUGAGGUUAGUUUCUAAUCAUUGUAAUAUGUGAAAUCACAGUUAACACUGGCAAGAUUUCAGUAAUUCACAACUAUAACAGAAUUUCUCAAAAGUAUUUGUUUAUGUAAAAUUUAUAAUAGAAGGUGUUUCUUUAAUGGAACUUUCUACUGCUAGAAGUGGGUCCUGUUACAAUUCACAGUACUUGUAUGAAGGAUUGUAACAAGUGGCACAUGUAGUGUCUCAAUUAAAAUGCUGCAUUCUUUGUUGAAGAAGAGAAGAUUUUAGUUUAUCCUUUUUUAUUGUGAACUUUUAAAGUGCCUUUUUCAAAUUUUUGUAACUUGUGCCACCAUAGCUAUUGUACAAUAUUAAUGUACUGUGAUAUUUUUGUUCCGAAUCUUGAUUUUGUUUUUAAUAAAAAAUUUCCUUUACAUGUUGUUGCUUCUGGUAAAGAAAAUACAUUCAGAAAAAGGCUAGCAUAUUUGUGGAUAUUUCUAAUAAAUCAGACCAUUUAAAAUACA